AUGCAAGCCGUCACAUUCAACGCUGAGGAUCAAUCUGGUGCCUACGGCUUCGCCCUCCUUGUACCAGUCGACACGCCCAGCCCUGCCGACACGCCCAGCGAGAUUCUUUCACCCGCCGAUGACCCACCCCAUGAUAUUCUCAUACGCCCCCUCGAUGAGCAAGUCAAACAUGAUAUCCACAUACUCGCCGAUGAGCAUCAUAAAGACCCCACCAUGUCCCUUGAGCAUGAAGACCGGCCUAUCGGCGUCGAAACCUCCUCAGACGACGUGGCUAUGAAGCUCUUCAUGUCUCCUGAUGCCGAAUCCAUUGAUACUCCAGCCCUUGUGGAUGACGACAAGCCCAUGGAUUUAAGUACGCCCCCUGAAAAUCAAUCUGUGCGUCUACCCACCCCCACGGAGGAGAUACCCUUGGAGGUAUUAUUACCCUCUAAUGCUGCAUCCAUUGAUUUUCGACCCCCCGCCGACAACCACAAGUCCACCGGGUGUUACUUCGUGCGGGCUGUCGACCCGACCUCCAGAGAUCAAGGCAUUAAACCUCUACCCCCCACUGGUAAAGAGCCCAUCAACCCCUUGCCCCCCAAAGACGAUGUGCCUAAUGGCCCACUUACACCCGCUGACGAUGAACCCGUUGGUUUCAUCAAUCAAUACAUCAAAUAUAUUACUCUUCGCGACAAGCUCGCCGACCUCAUAACGAUUUGCAAUCAAGAAAUCACUAUCUACACGCUCACUGAAGACCAGGCGGACGACUUCACAACCGUUGACGAUGAACCCAUGGAGCUCAUGUCUGCUCCCACCCACGGCCUUAUCGUGGAUCCCUCCCUCGCCCUCAACGAGCUUAUGGUAGCCAUCGCGAGAGUCAGAGCCGAUACAGCCCACUACCCGCGAGAAGUCCCCCGAGAAGAUGGUUACAGAUAUCGAUUUAUUAGAAACGCAAUUGCGACUAUCGUGCGCCCACAGAGCAGAAUCAUGCAUGGAGUCGACGAGCUGAUGUAUAAUACGGCGAUGGCACGGCUCGAGCCUGAGGUACCGUCAAACAUCGAGUAUGUGAAUCAGGUACCGUUAAACGUCGACUAUGCGAACCAGGUACCGCCAAACGUCGAGCACUCGAAUGAGAUGCCGUUAAAUGUUGAGUAUGUGAAUCAGGCGCCGUUAAAAGCCGAGUAUAUAGAUGAGGAGGCACCAGUAGUCGACGAGUAUGUGGAUCAUGAUGAGCCGAGGGCGAAGAGAUUGAGAGUCGAGGAGAAGACUGAGGAUAUGAGGGAGACUGAUGGGGUUCAGGAGACUGAUGGGGCGCCAGACAUAUCGGAUCAAAGAAGGUUACUAGAGAUAUAUGAGAUCGAAAGCCAAAGGCACCGAAUGAUUGAUGCAAUACAACUCACGCUCAUGAUUAACACAUAUAGGACUGAGAGAGGGGGCCUACCGCCGAUCCGAGAGGAAACGCCGGUCAGAGAGAAAAUGCAAAUCCGAGAGGCAAUGCCUCAUGCUCAACUGCCUGAUCUAGGGGUGGAAGAUCACCAAAUGUUUGACCAGAGUAUAAGCCUUGAGAGCCUGAAUCUGCAGGAACAAUAUGAAAUAUUCCAGGUGCCGGAAGUACAGGAAAAGAUAUUCCAAGUGCCUGAAGCACAGGAAGAAUCUCAAGUACCUGAAGCACAGUUCUGGGAUCCGGAAGGGCGGGAGAAUGAUAGUCGGGAGCCGCAGUUACAAGAUCAAGGGUUCCAGGCCCCCGAGGUUCAAAUUUGGAACCCUGAAGUAUAUGAGUCUAAGAGAAAGGCGGAGAUACAAAAGACGAUUUCGGGGGUUCCUGAAGUACGAGGGGGAAGGGCAUCAAUGUAUUAUUUUGGGGGCUCGAAGAUGGAGCUACGUGGCAGCCAGGCCGAGGUGCUGGUGCAAGGGUGGGCCCCUCAGACGCCGGCAGUACAAGAGGGAGAACCCCAAAUUCCCGAGGUUCAGGUUUGCGACCCAGAGGCACAGAGUUAUGAGAGCCAGGAGCCGCAGGUACAUAGGAGUAUUCCCCAGGUAUCUGAAACACAAGAAGGGGAUUUCCAAGUGCCUCAAGUAAAUGUGGAAGGGUCUUCGAUACUUGAAGCCCAAUUUGGGGACCUGGAAUUAGACAGGUAUGAGCACCAGGAGCCACAAGCCCUAACGGAAUUAUCUGAAGACUUUCCGGAUUGGGACCUUGAAGGAUUGAUAAGGUUUGAGAGCGAGGAGCCUGUACUGAUGCAAAAUGAGACAUCCCAGACUCCCGAAGCACGAAAGGAAUGGUCCCAAGUGCUUGGAUCAGAAGAGGAAACGCUUCCAGUGCCUAGAGUAGAUCUAGAAUGGGAGGUGCCUAAUGAGAGCCAGGAGCUGCAACAAGGGUUGAAAGAGAUGCCCGAGGGGCCUGAAUCACUAGAUGAAGGGUUGAAGUCCCUAAUGCCUGAUCUUCAAUAUGACGACCUGGAAGCACAGAAGAUGCACGAGGGUCAGAAAUCUCCGGUGUACAGUACAAUGUACCAAGUGCCUGAAGCCCAAGCUUGUGACUUGGAAACACCGAUAUAUGAGAGCCAGGGACCGUAUUCCCAAGUGUCAGAAGCACAAGAGGAAGAGCCUCCAAUGUCUGUUAUUAAAUCCGAGGACCAGGGAGUGCACAGUGAAAUGUACCAAGUACCUCAAGCCCAAGCUUACGACUUGGAAACGCCGAGAUAUGAGAGCCAGGGACCGCAUUCCCAAAUGUCAGAAGCACAAGAGGAGGAGCAUAUAUUAUCUGUUAUUAAAUCCGAGGGCCAGGAAGUACAAAGGGACGAGGAUCAGGAGCCACAUAUGCCGAAGGAACUGUCCCAGGCGCUUGAAACACAAGAGAAGAUGCGCCAAGUGCUUGGAGCACGAGAAGAGUCUCAAUUACUUGAGAUUGAAGAUUGGUACCCAGUGAUAAAGAGACGCUACUUACAGGAGGGGGGUAGGUUCACGUCCUCGGGGCCCGAAGUAGUUCAAGUUUGGCACAAUGAAAUACAGAGAUACGAGAGCGAUGGUCCGCAGUCAUCGGGAACGUCUCAAACGCCCGAAACACAAGAGGAACAACCUUCGCAAUUCCCUGGGGUUCCCAAUUGGUUUCCUGACAGACCGAGGUUUAGCCAGGAGCCGCUUCAAGUUUGGGGUCAUCAAUCACAAAGGUCUGAUAGCCAACAGUCGCAAACGUCGAGGGAAACAUCACUAUCUCAGGUUCCUAGAGGACUAGAGCAAAGACCUCAAUUGCAUGAGGCUCAGCUUGGCGACCCGGAAAUGCAAAGGUACGAGACUCAAGGGCCGCGAACAUCAAGGGUAAUAUCGCAGAUGCUUGAAAUACAAGUACAAGAGCGAGCUCGCCAGAUACCCGAAGCACGAGAGGAAGAGUCGCAAUUACCUAGGGUUCGAGACCGGUACCGUCGAGCAGAGGGUCCAGCAGAGGGGGAAGCAAGCAGGAUGUCUGAGGCACAAGAAGAGCCAGAGACCAACGUACCUGGGAUUCAAGAGUGGUUCCCUCCGAUAGAGGCGGAGGCGCACAGGAUGUCUGAAGAACGCCAGGUGUCGGAAGCACGAGAGGAAGUGUGUCGGGCGUCUGAAGCGCUAGAGGAAGCACGCCAGGUGCUUGAAGCACGAGAGGAAGCGCGCCGGAUUUCUGAAGCAUGGGAAGAGUCGCAAUUACCUGGCACCCAAGACUUGUACCCCGAACCACGUAGGUAUGAUAGCCAUGAGUCGCAGGAAUCGAGAGAAACUCCUCAGACGCCCGAAGCACAAGAAGGGAGACUCCCGGUGUCUAGAAUGCAUGGGGCGCGCGAGGUGUCAAAACCACAAGAGUAA